UGAAAGUAAGCAGACAGACAACACCCCAAUGCUUGUCCACAACUGUUCAGUCAGUCAGUGUGUGUAUCAACAUGGCAGAGGCAACUUUGGAAGCACAAGCUGGUCAAAGCCUCCACACAACUAGAGGAGAAGAUCUGCUCUCAUCAUGACAAACCACUGGAGGUUUACUGCCGUACCGAUCAGCAGUGUAUCUGUUAUCUGUGUACAAUGAACGAACAUAAAGGCCAUGAUACAGCUGCAGCAGAAAGGACUGAGAAACAGAAACAGUUGGUAGAGAAUCAGCAGAAAUCCCAGCAGAGAAUCCAGCAGAAAGAGAAGGAGAUGCAGGAGCUGAGACAGGCUGUGGUCUCUCUGAAGCUCUCUGCACAGGUAGCGGUGGAGGACAGUGAGAGGAUUUUUACUGAGCUGAUCUGUUCCAUUGAAAGAAGGAACUCUGAGGUGAAGCAGCAGAUAACAGCCCAGGAAAAUGCUGAAGUGAGUCGGGCUAAAAGGCAGCUGGAGCAGCUGGAGCAGGAGAUAGCUGAGCUGAGGAGGAGAGAUGCUGAGCUGGAGCAGCUUUCACACACAGAGGAUCACAUCCAUUUCUUCCAGAGUUUUCAGUCUCUCUGUGUCCCUCCUGGAUCUGAUGCCUUACCCAGCAUAUCUGUCAAUCCACACAUAUCUUUUCAUUUUGUGAAGAAUUUUGUAUCUGAGGUGACAGAACAACUAGAGGAUAUCUGCAAGAAAGAAAUUGCCAAACUGUCAUGGGAAGCACCUCCCUCUGACUACUUCAUGGAUGCCAUUCCACAUACUUCUUAUUACAAUUCCAACCAAUUGGCAUGGCAGAGACCCAGCCCUCGCUGGAUAACCCAUCAACAAUAUUUUCAGAACAUGCAAGCGACCUGCAGCACUGUGAGGCCCAAUGUGUCUCACAUGGUGACCCCUCAUCGCAUGGCCGCCCAGGUUGCACCUGCUGUAACCCCAGUGCACAUGCCUCAGUACAAGUAUGCUGCAGGAGUGCGCAAGCCUUCAUACAUUCCUACACUUCCCCAGGUUGUUAAGCAGCAGCCUGCUGUCCAUGUGCAGGACCAGGAGCCUCUGACUGUCUCCAAGCUGGCUGCUGCUCCUCCUCAGGAACAGAAGGAAAUGCUAGGUCAACGCCUCUACCCGCUCAUCCAGAACAUGCACCCCAGUCUGGCAGGAAAGAUCACUGGCAUGUUGCUGGAGAUUGACAACUCUGAGCUGCUCUACAUGCUGGAGUCUCCAGAGUGUCUCCGCUCCAAGGUGGAUGAAGCUGUGACUGUGCUGCAUGCUCACCAGGCCAAACAGGCAACAAAGAGACAAGAAAAACUAAAGAAAAGGAAAUAAUUUGAUUCAGCUGGGUCCAGAGAUCACCAGACAAAAAUGGAAAAUGGUCCAAAUAAAACAGUCGGGGUAUAAUUACAACAGAUAAUGAAAUUACUAUGGCUGUCAAAUGAUACAAAAAUGCAAUUGAGUUCAUCGCUGGAUUUACUGUGAUAAAUUGCGAUUUAUUGCAAAUUCUGAAUUUGCUCAAAUUGAGCCAUAUUUUUAAAACAAUUGAUACAAAAAGCAUGACAAAAAUAUUGACAUCUUGAUUUUUUCCCAAACUAAUGGUAAGUAGAAUCCAGGUAAACAGAUGAAGCACACUUUCUUUAACCGCAAUGUCAACCUGUUUUGACAUUACAGUGUUGUUUUUAGUUGAAUAUAUUGUGUAUUUUGGAUGUUUUCAGUGUAUUAUGAACGCUUUCAGACAAUACGAUUAAUCACAAUUAAAAAUCAUUUGUGCACAAAAAUUACAAACAGUUAACUGAUUAACUCUGACAGCCCUAGAAAUGACUGAAAGCAUUCUUUUCUGGCACGUUAUUCCUUUUAAAUGUAUGAAUGCUUGGGAUAUUGAGAGUCUAUGGCAUUGUGAAAUGUACAGUGCCUUCAUAAAUAUAAGACUUAUUCCA